UCGAUCGAUAUCGAUGACGGAGUUUAUCGACGCGAUGACGUUUCUGACGUCGUACCUCGCCGAGGAGGACUUCGACGCGUCCGUGGAGGAGCAGAUGGCGUACUCGAAGUUUACCUAUCGCUGCGACGCGGCGUACCUGGGGCAAAAGGGCGUGUUGGCGCUACUGCCGGUGUUCGCCGUCGACGCGUCGUUCACGCACCUCGUGCUGCGCGGGUGCGGCGUGCACAACGACGGGAUCGGCAAGGUGUGCGAAAGCCUUCUCGGACACCCCACGCUGAGUUACCUGGACAUCGGGGAUAACCCGAUAAGCGAGGGCGGCGUGGACGCGGUGGUUCGGCUGAUACACAAGACGCCGACGCUCGUGGAAUGUGUCUUCGAUAAGUGUUUCUUCACCCGGGGGUAUUCGAACACGCACGAGACGCGGAUGGAGGACCACCCGAACACGAACGGCAGACCGAUCGUGAGCGCGUUGGAGUAUAACCGCCACCCGCCGGUGGUUUUGCACGGCGCCGCCGCGGUCGCGGCGAUGGACAUCCCCGCGUUGUUGCGAGCCAAGAAGAGCGAGCUGAAGGUUUUGUUUUACUCCCUCGCGGGAGUCGACGGGCGGGUGUCGUUCGAGGAACUGCGCGACGGGAUGUUAGACUGCGCGGAGGAGUGGGGGGUCGUAUCGAGCGACCUCGGCGCGUUCUUAGACCCCGAGGUCGUCUUCGGGCGCAUGGGAAGCCAAGGCGCGGACGAAGACGGCGACGGGAGGUUAACCUUUGGAGAGUUUUGCCGCGCGCUCGUGGAGGAAAACGUCCGAGCGAAAGUCCUCGAGGCGUGCCGCGGGCCUCGGCGCGUGGACCUCAAAGUUCUGUUCUACGCCAUGGCCGGGACGGACGGCGAGCUGACUCUGGAGGAGAUCGCGGAGGGGUUGGAGGGGACGCUGGGGGAGCAGAGCGAGGCGUGGGGGUUCACCGUCGAGGAGAUGCACACCGUGUUCAAUCGCGAGACGUUCGCGGCGAUGGGAGAGGCGGACGUCGACGGCGGCGCCGCGGACUUCGACGGCGACGGGAAGCUGUCGUGGACGGAGUUUUACACGCGGCUGACGCGGUUGCAGUAGUACACGUAUGAUGCGCGCGUGCGGUACAGUAGUCGUGUUACAACCUAAACGUAUAUCGGU